AUGAGAGUUUUGAACUUUUUCAUUGUCGUCGGCCAGGUUCAAGCUAGCUUUUUUUCUCAUGAUGAAAGUGGACAUGCGACAUUUAUUCAUGUUUUCAAGGAUCUUGUAAAAGCAAAAGAACAGCGAGGCGAAAAAAUCAGCUACCCAAUGCUGAAAAAAGCGCUCAGCGAGAUUCCUGCCAUCAUCAAAAGAUCAACAGUUGACGAUGAUUUGAUUCCCUUCUGA